AUGGCACUCCAGGCGCUGAACUUUCCUGCGCGUGAGGAGUAUCAGCUUCAUUGGAUCAGCGCUGGGCUGAUGUCGCUGAAGGGGCUGGCGUUCUACCUGCUUCCGAAAAUGCUGGGAUUGGACAAGGCCCUGGGAUAUGACAUAUUGAAUCAUGCUGAGAUGCACGGUGACUUGCGAGACCUGAAAGAAGGCGUGCGCGGCAUCUGGCAGCAGUCCUCAACUGUCGCUGCACUGGUUUUCCCAAUGGCUAUGGCAAUGAUACAGGAGAGUGGUCGGCUAAGACCUGUCUACUACGACCAGAGUUCACCAGACACGGAGGAUGACAGCGAGCCAGUUGUGAUUCAUUUACAGCAGAUGUAUUUAUCCGCUUGUGUCUCUUCGCUGUUUUUCAGCUGCUGGGCCUGCGUCUCCUGCAUGAUGAACUUUGCUUACGUGGAGUCUCUGGCAGGGAGCCACUCACUGGCUUUCUUCUUGACAUAUCCUGAAACAAUCGGUGGUCCACUGAUUUUUCUGUGGAAUUCCAUAUGGUUUUUCUUGAUUGCCCUGUGCAUUUGGAUGUUAGGGAUAUAUGGCCUGGCAAUUACACUGCCGGCCUUGAUUGCCCUUCCCGUUUAUGCUAUCGGGACAGUCGUGGCUUUUCGUACCUUUUCCAGGUUUGACCCGUCCGCGCAUGUCCGUGAGGAGCCAGGGUUCAUGAUGUGCAGCGGCUUCGUGAUCCAGAAGGGGCAGGUGCGUGACAUCCACAAGCGCCUGUAUGCAAGGAUGCUGCAGCAGCGUUCUGAAGAAGCAGAGCAGCAAUCGCACCCAGAGCCAACAGACCCGCCAAGCGUGCUUAAAGAUCCGGGCGAAUACUCUGAGAAGGCGUCGACAGGAUCGGAGCCGAAGGAGAGACCAAAUGCACGUCGCGUUGUACCCAUGGAAACUUGA